ACACGUGAAGGACGAGCUUGAAACUCUGCAACCCUAAACCAUAUGCAAAACCAUUUCAUGUUGUUUAAGCCGUGAUCUGCGAGAGGGGGUCAACCAGCAAAGAGCCUAUGGGUGGCGGUGAGUCCGUAAAGGGAUUCAUAGGUCCAUUCAUCAGUUUUGGCUAGUGAGAAGCAGCUAUCACAUGCUAAGGCAAUCUACAGGCUCCCCCUCUCAACCCAACGGAAAAGCCAGUUCAUCUUUCCAAACCCUAAAGGUAUUAUGGAAAAUGAUCUGGAAGCUCAAAAUUUCCCCAAAAAUCCAAUCGUUGCUAUGGAAGAUGUCCAAUAAUGCACUGCCUACUAGAUGGGCUCUAUGGAAAGGAAGUUGAUAAAGAAUCCAUCAUGUCCAAUAUGCGGAGAGGAAGAAGAAAUAAUGGAACAUCUCCUCUUGUUAUGUCCCUAGGCUGCAACGGUAUGGAAAAAAUCUCCCCUUGUGCUUGUCAUUAAUAGAUGUGGAUUAUCAAGGGUGGAGAAUUGGGUAGUAGAGAGAUCGGAGGAAAGGAUUGAGGCUGGUGAAGUUGAACACUCAAUGCAACCCUUAUAUGCUCUCUUAUGCUGGUUCAUAUGGAAAUCACGUAAUGAGUGGAUCUAUCAGCACAAACAACCAAGUGAUAACAGAGUUAUAUCUCAGGCAAUGGAGGCCUUCUAAGAGAUGGACAAUGUUGAAAAUGAAGUCCUCGCUCGAGGCAACCCAAAUCAAGUUGAAUCUGAAUGGUCAAAACCUCCAAUGGGCUGGAUAAAGAUCAAUUGCGAUGGAGCAUACUACGAGAAGAGCAACAGUGCAGCUUCUGCAGCAGUGGCACACAAUCAUGAAGGUAUACCUCUCACUGGAGCUGCAGCAAGAUUAACAGUCUCCUCAGCUCUGGCAGCUGAGGCCUGUGCUGUGCGUAGAGCUGCUACAAUCACACUUAAUGAAGGUUACAGAGAAGUUAUCAUCGAAUCCGACUUGAAUGCCCUGGUUCAUUCUCUUAAUCAAGGAUCAACAGCAACCACAAGAGAAAUUGAAGCCAUUCAACAGGAUAUAUGGCACUAUGUGAAAGACAUUACUAAAGUCAUCUUCAAACACACAAGGAGAUCCGGCAACUCUGCGGCACAUACUUUGGCCAUGCACUCUAGGCAAGGCACACUGCCUUUCGAUUGGCUACACUCUCCCCCAAGGUAGCUGGCGCAGAUCCUCCUCAAAGUAGGUAG